UCCUGGUUGUCUUCUGUCCCUCCCUCUCUACCAGGUGCAGCAUUUCCCAGAGCUGAGGCCAUUCUCUCUACCAGAGGUGGUGUUUCACAAGACUCCAGACAUGCUCCGUAGACAACCAGCAACUGAGUGACGACUGAGAACUCUCCACCACCAGACGAGCAUCACAGCAGAAGACAUCAUCAGCACCCUGCAGGCUCUCAACAUGGUCAAGUACUGGAAGGGACAGCACAUCAUCUGUGUCACUGGCAAAAUCAUUGAGGAGCACAUGAGGAGUGCAGAGUACAGGAAGCCUCAGCUGACAGUGGACGGGGAGUACUUGAGGUGGAACCCUCACACCAAGAGACACAGAACAAACACUCACAAGAAACACUGACUCUCAUAAUCUUCAUCUCUCACCUUCUGUCAUUAUCAUACAUGUUACCAGCAGUCAACUAAAAGUGGUUCAUGAAGGGGGUCACAAUACUGGCUUAGUCUCUGGUGUCAGAACACAAGCAGUGAGAGCCAACUCCCAGAAUCAAAUUUUUUCACAUGCAGGGGAACCGCACACUUGCACAUGUAGCUCAUAGUUAUUGAACAUAGUAUACUGGCUGUCUUACAACACAGAUUACAUGACCUAUAAUUAUAGUGGAUGAGAAACAGAUGGAAAUU